AUGUUUCCAUUGGCCGAUUGGGACAUAAAAGAAGAAAUUCGAUUGGUGGAUUUCGAUCCGUUGGCUGGUAUAAGAACUGAAACCUCCAUUUUAUGCAGACAUAUUCAAACUCUAUUUCACUUUCGCUUGACUGUACGACAUUUGGAACUGCUUAUCAUGUCUGGACGCGGUAAAGGUAAAGCUAAGGGAACCAAAUCAAAGAGCCGCUCAUCCCGAGCUGGACUUCAAUUUCCCGUCGGAAGAAUUCACCGUCUUUUAAGAAAGGGCAACUACGCUGAGCGAGUUGGCGCCGGAGCACCAGUGUACCUUGCUGCCGUUCUCGAAUACUUGUCCGCUGAAAUCUUAGAAUUGGCGGGCAACGCUGCACGAGAUAACAAGAAAUCGAGAAUAAUCCCUCGUCAUCUCCAACUCGCAGUACGUAACGACGAAGAAUUGAAUAAACUCCUGGCCGGAGUCACCAUCGCCCAAGGUGGCGUUCUGCCGAACAUCCAAGCCGUGCUCCUGCCUAAGAAGACCGAUAAGAAAGCUGGAAAGACCUCCUCACAGAGCCAGGAGUAUUAA